CACACAGUGGAGUUGAAAUCAUCUAUACCAUAUUCGAUCAAUCUCCAUUCUCUAGUCUCGGACUCUCCACACAGAGCCGAGUUCUCCGUUCUCAAGUUCUCAACCUCCGAUUCCUCUCGAGAAAUGUAUUUCGUUCAAGGUCGCUAGGUAUUAAACUCAGAGGUUUUGUAUCAAAUCCAAAUUUCCCCUGUUGCUGAAGGAUGAUCCGAAACAUGAAUAUCUCAAGAUUGAAACUUCUGACUUCAUCCUUAGAAUCACUUAAUCAUCAGUUGCUACAACGAUGUUCUGUCAGUGGAACUGCAAAAGGUAAAGGAAAGCUCAAGACAGCAGCGCCACUGAAACGAUCUGUCAUCCCGAAGAAAAAAGGCGCGUCUUCUGGAGGCGGAGGUGGUGGUGGAGGUCGAAUGCGUGAAGCCACUGAACACCUUAACAAGAUGGUUGAUUCAUGCAUGGAUGCUCCAACACCUAUCCGUUAUCUGACACCGAAACAGAAGGGACGAGAAGCUGAGCGUGAAAAACUGGGUCUCAUAAGCAAAGAGCGACAGCGAGAAAUUGAUGCUUUGAAGGCUAAGAAGAAAGGAAAAAGUGAGGAGGAAUCUCCUAUGGUUAUUGGGACUCCAGGGUUGGAUCUGAUCUCAUUAGGUCUGGUUGAUGAGAAGGACAUCCCAAAGUAUGAAUUGACCGUUGAAGAUGGUCGGCGUCUUGCAAAGGAGUAUAGCCGGGUUUUGAUGAGGCGGCACCGAGCCCGACAGGCGGCAGAAUCAACACUGCUUCGAUUGAAGAAAGAGGCAAUUGAAGCUCUUCCGGAAAAUCUUAGAGAAGCUGCACUGGUUCCUGAUCUGACACCGUUUCCUGCAAAUCGGUUUAUGGCGACAUUAACUCCACCUAUUGAAGGGUAUAUUGAGAAGAUCAAGGAAGCGGCUAAGAAGAACAUUGGGAAGGAGAAACUGAGAUGAUUCUAAACAUGUUAUUUUUUUUUUUCUCAUUCUAUCCUUUGUCAUUUGAUUUCAGGGUAUUGGAUGUGUUCUCUCUUUUUCGUUUUCCUAUGGUACUGUGUUGAAAUUCUCCAUUUAAGAUGGAUCCCUAAGUUUUUGAUCAGAUUUACAUGUUUUGCUUUCUGGUUGGAAUUAUGUGACAGUAGUUUAAUUUACUUUGUUCUUGCUGAAUUUGACUA